AAUUCUUUAGGGAUAGCUUUCAAAUUUGCAGAAUUGGAGUAUGUUUCCAAGGUAAGUGAUCUCGCGGAUGCUUCGAAAGGAUAUGGGACAUUAAAUAAUAUACUUGAGUUUGAUGUAAAACAUGACACAGUGAGGAUACAAGGAAGUCUCUCACGUAAAUUGCGCAGAGUUAGGCAGGGUCUGGACCUUAUAAGAGCUUUAUUCCAAAAAUUUUUGUCAUCACGGGAUUGCUGUUUAAGAGAAGCUGCUUCAAUAGCUUAUGCUAAAACUUGUGCGCCUUAUCACACAUGGGCAGUAAGAACUGCUGUUUCUGCUGGUAUGUAUGCCCUGCCGACGAGGGAACAGCUACUGCUAAGGCUAAAUGAAAGCGACGAGUCUGCAGAGAAGGAAAUGCAAAGAUACAUUGAUGCCUCACUUCCGAUCAUACAAUACAUUGAUAAGUUGUAUUCUUCAAGAAAUAUCAACUUGGACUGGUGAGCUCUGCUUCACAUAGAAAAACUGUUGGUGUAAUUUAUGUUUGGACGGGCCUGUUCAGAUGAAGCUCUUUUAUCAUUCCUGACUUUAAUCAUCCCUGCAAUUGAUAAUUUUCAUAGAACAGACAGUACCGUGUUUUUGUAGAUGAAUUGGAAUUCCUGCAGAUUCUUAGAACAUAGAAUUCUGUGGAAGAUCCAAAGUUAAGUUUUUUAUCGGUCAAAGUAGAAAAAUAAACUUGUUACUCA